AUCCGAUCUCAGCUAGCCAAGGAAAUGGAAGACGGCUGCCUGAUGGUCAACCAGCUCCCUCUAGGCUUCCGGUUUUGCCCUACCGACGAAGAACUUGUUCUUCACUUUCUCUACCCCAAGUCCUCGCUGUUGCCUUGCUACCCCAACAUCAUUCCCGAGCUUGAUAUUUAUCUGCUUCAUCCCUGGGAAUUAGAUGGGAAGGCGUUGUUGAGUGAAAAACGGUACUUCUUCUUCGGCCAAACGAUGGAGAAUCGAGUACUGCUGGAAAAAGGGUAUUGGAAACAACUGGACUUUGAGCAGCCAAUCUUCAGUUCUGGUUCAGGGAAGAAGAUAGGGGUAAAGAAACUCCAUGGAUUCUUCAUGGGGGAAGCUCCGUUUGGGAUGAAAACAAAUUGGCUGAUGCAAGAAUACCAUCUUUCAUCACACUACUAUAAAACGAAAGAAAACAAGAAAGUUGAUUGUAGUAAAUGGGUCGUAUGUAAAGUUGAAGAAAAUAAGGGCAACGCUCAGAGCUUCAGUUACAGUGACGAAGAUGGAAGUGAGAUGUCAUACCUUGAUGAGAUGUUUUUGUCAUUGGAUGAUGAUGAUCUUGAUGAUAUAUCUUCCUCCCAAUUGAUCUUUUGAAUGCAUAUAGCUAGUUUUUUUCUUUUUCCUGUUUUGAUAUUGUACGUAUUACUAAAACUAAA